AUGUAUGCAGUAAUCAUAUAAAUCAUAUUCUCAGCCCGUCAUUUAGAUGUAUACAGAGAAUCAAAAUAUGACAGAAAUAUAAGUGGAUUCUAUAACAGGAGUAAUGCAAAAUAUAGAAAUACUUAAAUCAUGGUGUCCAGAAACAAGCACACUAUUAGAAUUCACAAGGUUAAUAUCAUAAAAUUUGUAAUAUGAGAGAUUUCAAAAAAAAAAUGCUGUAUUUGAGAUAGGUACCUUUAUUACAUAUUCUAGGAGAUCAAGGAGACAAAUUCUAUAUAAUUCUCACAGGAAAAGUUGCGGUAUACAUUAAAAGAUAACCGCAAUAAAUUGAAACAGAAGAAUAAGAGAUCUAAACUAAAAUUGAAUAGUAUUUAGAUAAAAUGCAACUCAGUUCGAUUUCAGAAAUUGAACCUCCAUCAAGAUUCUCGUUUUAUGAAAAAUUAAUUAAAAAAUAAACAAAACCUCAUAAGCAAAUUGAAUCUGAAUUGCUCUUACUAAAUACAGGUAAUUUUGAUAUAUAUUUUACAAAUUACGGAAUUUGUAAAUUCUAAUAGAUCUCUUAACUACAUUCUGGACAAUACUUUGGCGAUAUGGCCUUAACUACUGAUAAGCCUAGAGCUGCCAGCAUUAUAACUAUUUCUGAUCUCUAAGUGCUCACUCUUAAUAAAUCUAAUUUCAAAGUAUACUCUCUAUUAUCAUUUAGAAAAUAUUUGAAAAAUAAAUCAAAUCUUCAUAAGAGAAGAUUGAAUAUUUUUUGAAAAUGUUUCCUACUAUGACUAAAUUUAAAAUCAGCAAAUUGAUUAUGUAUUUUUCAUCAUACAAAUAUUCACAAAAUUCAAGGAUUUGGAAAUAAAAUGAUAUUGUAGAUGCGUUCUUCUUACUUAAAGAAGGAGAAAUCUAGUUAUAAAAAAAAAUGAUUUUCAUCCUUUUCUGAA